CUGCACGCGGCGGAUAACAAAUAAACGUUCAACGUACAGGUAUAACGCGAUUCUUCACAUUUUUUCGUGUACCGUCGAUAACUCUUAUCAGCAAGUACACCACAGCGUGAGUCAUAUCCAGAUUAAGAAAGGUGAUACAAACGAAGGUGAUACAAACCAAACUUCAUUCAAUUCGAAUACGCAAGAAGAUUAACAGAAUAAUCGCCGUAUACAAGAUUACCGGAAUAAUCUAAAAUUUCCAAGUUCUGUGAUUACCGAACAAAUUAUUCCGACUUUGUCAAACUUUGCCGAUUCAGUAAGUUACUACGUUAAACGAGUAUUUACUUUGACGCACUGGGUAUACACCGUUGUCAACAAUAAUUCUUUGCGAUGACUGUUACUGAAACAAUAAUUCAAACGAAACCUGUGUCACCUGUGAUCUAUUUAACAAAAUAAAUGAAGAUCUGCGAGAAGAUAGAAAAUAGGUGUCCUUGGAAUAGUGUGCAAUUAAAUGGUGCAAGACUUUAAGAAAAUAUAAUGCAGAGGGAUGCGUGUCCACUGUAUGAUGUCACUCCACUUCACAUCUUUUCCUCCGCGCAGGGAUCAUGCAGAGAUUUCCUUUUUUUCCGCAGAUGUCAGCUAACGGUCGUGGCAUCAUUCCCGGCGUCCUUAUCGGUGGCCAGGAUCUGGAGGACACUGGUCACGACGAAUAACACGGAAGCGCAAUCGGAACGCGACUAUCGCGGAAACAAGGAGCAAAGAGUCUGCGAAACGGCGCACUGCAACGAGAUCGCUAGGAGAAUUCUUGAUAGUAUGGACACCUCGGUAGAUCCUUGCGAGGAUUUUUACCAAUACGCUUGCGGCUCAUGGGAGGAACACAACGCUAUACCAGACAAUGAAGUGGAAUGGUCCGAGGACGACGUCGUCACGAAGAAAACCUAUGAACGCAUUAGAGAUGUCCUCGAGGAGCCAGAUAAACCCACCGACAUUCUGCCAGUUAAAAUGGCGAGGAAACUUUAUCGUUCCUGCAUGAACGUUGAGGCGAUCGAAAGGAGAGGCAUUAAACCUAUACAAGAAAUUCUGAACACUACCGGUGGAUGGCCGAUAGCGAUGCCAGUAAAGGAAUGGAGCUCUAAGAAAUUCCCUUGGCAAAAGAUCGACAGGGAUUACGUGGCAUUGAUCGGCAACAGCGCUUUCUACAAUAUCGAAUACGAAAUUGAUCAGAAUGAUACGACGCGAUACGUACUUACAAUAGAUCAAGAUACAGAGCAUCCUAUGGGAGUGAAAAGAGAAGUCUCCAGCAACGUUGAACUCGAUCGCAAAUACUUGAAAGGCAUCUAUCUCAUAAUACAUGCGUUUGCGAAAGAGAAAGGUUACAGACUGCGUCGGCGGCAAUUGAUCGAUGACAUGACGAAAAUGCUGGAAUUUGAAAUCGAAUUAAACGAUAUCAUCGAAACGGACAAGGUGUCACAUGCAGCCAACAAUAACUCAGUAAGAAUGACCAUCGAAGAGUUACAGAUGUGGUACGACAGUUCUGGUGUCAAGUCGAAAACAGCGCAAAUCAAUUUCUUGGAAGUGAUGCAAUACACGUUCAAGCGGGCUAACGUUAGCAUAAACGCGACCGAACCGAUUGUGGUUUAUAACCCGAUGUUCCUUCAUAAACUGGCGCGGCUGCUGGGAAACACCUCGCAACGUGCGCUCGUGAAUUACGUGCAAUGGAACAUGAUCAACAACUUUCUGUCGUACACCACGCAAGAGAUGAAGGACAUCGUUUUCAACAUGUCCUAUUCGUCGUAUAAUAUCUCUAACUAUAUGCCACGAUGGAAAUUUUGCGUGCUUAACAUGGAAAUGGAAGAUGCGGUGUCGUAUAUGUUCGUCAAAAAGUACAUUUCGGACGACGUUAUUGCCGAGGCAAAGAAAAUGGUUCAAAGAAUAAAAGAAGAGUUAGGUAACCGCAUAAUGCGUGCACAAUGGCUAUCGAGCUCAGUGAAAAGGUCUUUGUCGCGGAAAUUGGAUACGAUUGAAAUACAAAUUGGAUACCCAGAAUGGUACAAGGACGAUCAAGCUAUGAUUCAAUUCUACAAAGGGUUAAAUAUAGGUCAGGACUACUUUCAAAAUCUAUUAAAUUGCGCCGAGCACGAACUAAUUAAGGGAAUGAAAGAUUUUAGAAAGCCCGUCGUCAGAACCGCAUGGUUGGAUUUUCCUAUAACAGUUAACGCAUUCUACACACCAGCAGUUAACACCAUGCUUAUUCCAGCAGCUGAGUUACAGGACCCCUUUUUCACGCCAUUUUUACCGGACGCCAUAACUUAUGCAGUCACUGGUUUUAUAAUCGGACACGAGUUAUCUCAUGGUUUCGAUAACGAAGGAAUAAAAUACGACGUGGAUGGUUACAUGUCUUCGUGGAUUUCUCAGGAUAUAAUCGACGAAUACAAUGAACGAGCAUCCUGCUUCGUAGAUCAAUUCAAUAAUUACACCCUUGACGUUGAAGAUGAAAAUGGAGAACCUGUGCAGGUGGAUGGUAAACUGACAGAGGACGAAAAUUUGGCUGACGCGGUCGGCGUACAAGUGGCUUUCGCAGCUUACAAGAAACUAGCGAGCCAGAAACCUCAAACGAAGCUACCAGGAUUAGAGAAUGUCACUGACGACCAACUGUUCUUCAUAGAAUUCGCGCAUGCCUGGUGUUCGUCAGUCAGGCCAUUAUACGCAGAGAACGUGGCCAACAGCGACGAACACAGUCCGCCGAAAUAUCGCAUUAUCGGAUCCCUUACCAACAUGGCUGCCUUCACCGAGACGUUUCAAUGUUCACAGAACAGUCCAAUGAAUCCACCGCAUAAAUGUAAUUUAUGGAAUUGAAUAGUGUACUGUAAAAAGCGAAUUUGUAUAAUUUUAUACGUGUAAGUGUUGACAUUAAAAUGAAGUAAAUGUUUUAAG